AUGGCCAAGCCAGUGUACUUGUCAUCUUGCCACACCAAUCGGAGGGAAUACAGUUCCAUAAACCAUACCAUUUCCCAGUGCAGACUGGACCUGAGCUGCGAGUUGCAAUCAGCAUGGCAAUUUGGGGAAACAAAACUAGUUCACAACGAAUAUCUUGAAAAAAAAUAUUCAGCUAAGAGGACGGAGAUGCGGGAACGUGGCCGACGAGGCUGUGAGCUGGAGGAGCAAUACUGCUUUUUGGCACUGUCCAACAAUGCUAUGUCCCGGAUGUACCAGAGCGGGCUGUGUACCCGAGAGUCCACCAUGAAGGCACUCGGCAAUCCCCUACUUGGCGUCUACUUGUUCAGGCAUUCUGACGUCGCCCUGAGUUAUGCACGCUGUAGGAAGCGCCAUGUGGACAACCUCAUGAUUUUUAAGGUUCUCUAUGGAAAGGUGAAGAAGAUCCAACCCAUGGUGGACAAGACUAAAACGUGUCUGGAUCCUUCACCCAACUUUGACUGCCACAUGUCGCGACUUGUCCCGACCCCCAAAGACCCCAUUGAGCAACAGGCCAAUGGCUCUGCCGUUUACCUCUACGAGUACAACACACUUUCGAAGCCUGUGGACAAGCCCCGGCAGUGUCUUCCCUAUGCCACCAUAACAGUCAGAUUCCUUGGGCAGAAAGCAGAAAGCGGACCAACUAUCACGUCCUUGCGGUUUCUCUCUGCGGGAUUUCCCAAGUGGCCUGAAAAAAGAGAUUCCUUGAACAACUGUACCAUUGCCAAAAGAAUUGGAAAGGGAAAAGACGCUACUGUCAUCUAUGAGCAUUUCCCAAAGCCUGCAGAUUCCUCAACACAAGACAGCUGCUCCUGUAAUUCUGAGAUGAAUCCUUUGGCCCCUGACACAUCUUCUCCCUGUGGAAACGUACAAACAAACAACUUCUUUGCUUUGGGUACCACUGAUGGCCAGCCUGAGCAUAAUUUAGAAGAAAACCACAACCCUUCUCAAGCACAAGCAACAGAGGCUAACCCGCCCCUCCCACCUAGUGUGGACGCCAUUCAAAAUAUGAAUGGCGAUAUGUUGAUAAGCUUUAAUUACCUUGAAAAAUUCCUCAGCACUCUUUCUGCUUCAGUCGCUCUUGCUAACAGCAUUGGUACCAGUACCGUGACAACCUCCAAGCUCAUCAAGGACCCUAGGCUGCUGAGAAGAGGAGGAUCCCGUGAUCAAGCAAACCCCGAGACAGGCUCUGGAGAAAAUUUGCCAUUGGAGAACAGGGAAGAAUACCCUGAUUCAUAUGUAAAUGCUUUGCCAUCCCCUCCCACGGAUGCUGCUCUUUCCUCCAGUGCCAUCCCCAAUGAGCCCGUGGCACUCAGUCAAGACUCCCUUUGUCCUGAGGGUUUGUCCUAUGAAGCUGCUUUAAAAAGAAUAUUCUUUCAGAAUUAUGACUAUGGAACUCUUCAUGAGAUAACACUGAAUAAUGCGAAAAAAGACCAACAUAUUAGUGAUUGUCAAGUUGGUCUUUCAUAUGCUACCAAAGAAGUUGUUCCAGAAUGUGAGAACCAGGAAUAUGGUGAUAAAGAAACACAUGACUCAAGCCAGAUGAACAGAAUCCUUCUGCCUAUUAAGAAACAAGCCAAGAAAAAGUACAUCUCAGAGAUAAAUCAUAACUCUGUAACCCAGGAAUUACCACCUGCUGACUUAAAAAUUGUACAUGAAAGAUUUCGACCACCUUCCCCCCUGGAACCUCUUCAGGCUCAACAAGAAAGCAGAAAUAAAUUCAUUCAGGAUACUCAAGAUAUGAAAAAUCUGACCCCUGAAACAGAAAACCAUUCCAAACAAGGAAAAAAUAAACUCUCCAAGAAAAGAAAUAGUUAUGACUCACCUCAUGGAGAAAAGAGGAGUAGCUUAAGAGAUAAUUAUCUUCCCCAUGAAAAGCACAAGACUUUGAACUUAUCCCACCAAAACGGUGACAAAUGUAAAAAACCUCGGAAGCACGGGCCAGCUGUUCCGAUGCAAUCUUCCCCAUCAUCUCAAGAGCAAGAAGGGAAGUCAAAUCCCAAACAUAUACCUUUUAAAUCAGGAAAUAGUUACCUUCCUGUAAAUACAGAAAAGUCUUCAAAAAAUUGCCUUGAAGAGUGGUUGAAAUGUGAAAGAAUGUACAUUGAUAAAUAUUUUUCCAAAGCUCCAAAAGUAGCAUUAAAAAUGGGAAAUAUGCAUCUGAUACCCAUUGAUACAAAGGCUGAUGCUUCCCAGGAAAAGGACCUCGUCCAGACCAAUGAAAAGCCUAAUGAUUUGAUUAAUGUCUCAUUUGAUGCUAAAAUGCCCCAUUUCAAGGUGAUCAGAGAUGGGAGUGGGAAGUACCCAGUUGUUCAUGGGGAAAAUAAAGAUGAACCGAUGUCUCCAGCUGUCCUACAUAAAGAUGGCAGACCGAAUUUCACUCUUGCUGAAGAAGUUGACAGGAAUCAAGAUUGCCCUGUAUUCUGUGACCCAAUGAUUGAGAAUGAUCUGAAUGUUUAUUAUAAGGAACAGGAAUUUAGGAAUGAAGAAAGCGAUGAUCCUGAAAGACAGAGGAGACAGAGUUCUUCUGUAGGGAAAAAUAGAAUGGAAAAUAUUUAUGAAGAUGAGAAGCAAGUUGUUUAUAUGAACAAAAACUGCUCCACUGCUGUCAAUGAUGAAAGAGAGAUUAAGAAUGCAUGCAGGUCAGAAGUUUUGUAUUCUGAAAAGUUUUCAUCUACAUAUAACCUAGCCUGGAAAAAAAGGUAUGUGGCUAUAGAAACUGCCUUGGUUGAAAAUCAAAACAGAAUUUCUCCUGGGAAUCAAAGAGGGAUCCUUCCCAGCAGUGAAAGUAACAACUUACCCAUCCCAGUGUUCAAUGCUGAAUGUGGAAACAACCAAAGGAACUUCCUAGAAAUAUCAAAAGCUGCCCAGAGCCCCAGUUUUGGAGCACGGGGGACAAAUGUAUUUGGAGAACAUGAAGAUGAUAUGGACUAUAGCAAACCCAAUGAAGCAUGUGAACAGCCAACAAUUAAUGAGGACCUGAAGGUUCUAUUUCCUCAAGAUCUGAACUUUAACAAUGAGAUUGAAGUAGAAUCUGAACAAUGUGAAGACUCUUUACUGACACAGGACACAGCCGUACCUGAAAAUCUGUCUGCUGAUGAAAUGAACUCUGUGUACCAGCUCUUGGAAUCUCGUAUAGACUGGGAAAAUCUGUUUGGAAGUAGCUGGAAGUCCUCAGAGACUUCCAAGAGUAGUCUGCCACAGGAGGAUGGAAGCCAAUAUUUCCUUAAGGAGAGCAGUUGUAUUUAUUCUCGGACCCAGGAAAACCACAGGGAGCUUGUAAAUCCAGUGGUGGUUCCUGAUUUGCAAAUUCAAAUCACAAAUAUCAUUCAGUCAGAAUUCACCCUUUCUCAGGAGCCAUUAGCAAUGCAGGAAGAGGUGGUGAUGUGUGCCACACCAGAGAUUGCAGAGGCAGAAAUGACUGAUGCGUGGCAAGAAUUAGAGUCUAUGGCUGAUCCUUCCCAGUUUACUUGUGAACACACAGACUCCUCUAGUAAAGAUGAGCUGGGCCUGAAGGUGUGGCCAGAGGCAUCAGAACUUAUGAGGGAUUUGGUUCUUUCCCCACCUCCUGACUCAUCAGUUCACAAGGCAAACAAAUACCCCUUAGCACUGUCCCCUCAACCUGCUGCCUCUUCACCACCCACAAAGGAUGGAAGUACCUGCUCCCUGGCAAAGCCAAAGGAAGCCCAGAACAAAACUACUAAGGCCAAGGAGGUGGAGUCUAAAAAUGGCAAAGGGAAGCUGCCGGCCUCCCUAAAGGACAAAGUCACACCAAGUAGGAACAUCAAGUACGCAGAAGCUUAUGGAGUAACCCGAAAGACUACUCGGUACCAGUCGUUCGAACAGUUUUCUUCUUUAUCAGAAGGACGGAUCAAGACCUUUUCACAGUCAGAAAGGCACAUCAGAAACGUUCUAAAUGCCCUUUAUAGCGAAGCGUCCUUGUGCAAAAGCAAACGCCUGUCCAGGAAACUUGACCGAGCUGUGCUCCAUUUAAAGAAAGCUCACAGGAGGGUUUAUCGGUCCUUGCAGCUCAUCACUAAAGUAGGGGAGAAAAGGAGAAACGGCCCUUUGCCCAAAUCCUAUGAGUUCAUACGCAACAGUUUAUGGGAAUGUUGUGACUUGGAAGGUUAUAAUUUCCUAACAGAAAGAAGGUAUUACUCGAGACAUUACUGGCAGAAGAGAAAAGAUGACAAACGGGAAGAAAAGAGAGCUUCGGGACUGGAAGUGGUUAGGUCUCGGCCCCCUGCCCCACACUACCAGGGUUAUAGCAGUAGCAGCAGCAGCAGAGACCACCAGGGAGUCCGGAGAUCACUUUCUAUAGAAGGCCUGUCCAGUGAAGUCUCCAUAAGUCAUGUGAACAUCCCAAGAAUAACCAGUUCUGACAGACCACAUCGCUCUGAGUCUAAGGGUUCAGCACCAAGCAAGGGCAGUUUGAAAGAUCCAAGAAGAGGGGCUGAACACCACAAGGAACCUGAUGAACAGUUGAAAGCUUUCCCUCCUCCUCAUGCUGAUGGGGAAAGGAGUUUAGAUUUUAUCAUCCUGUCUACCAUUCACACUGAAGAAAGAAGUGAGAGACUCUCUAGUGAUGUCAGUUCCAGGGAGGCUUCCUCAGUUGUCCUUAAUGCUCCAUCUCCAAUAGAAAGAAAUGUGAAACUUUUCAAUGGCCUUGAGGAAAGCAACCUUUCCUGUUUUACCAGUAAACCAGAUUUGGAAGGUGAUGGUGAGAUUCCCUCCAGAGCAAAUCCUGACAUAUUCAUUUCCAUCUUAAAAUCAAAAACAGAACAAUUUUUCAAUGUCGAUGUCUCUAAAACAGAUGAUUUGAAGUUGCCCAGAGAUUUCCCCCAAUUGGAAAGUCAUCUACCUGCAGUCAGCUCAGAACUGAGGACUGGUUCAGAAGAUGUACUUGCGUGCUCAGAUAGUAUGGCUCCUUGUACAAACCAAGAAAGAGAGAGUGUGUUUCUGAAUUUUUCUGGCAUCUCUGUUAAAAAUAAUGAGACCAAAUGGCAGACUCCCUACUCUGAGACACUGUCCAGGAGCCUGACAACUGUUAGUAGUAGUAGUCUUGCAACUCGCCAUCCAUCUUUACAGGAGCAGCCACCACAACAGCUGAAGGAGUGGCCACAGGAGCAGCUGCAAGAGCAGCCACCAGAACAGGUGAAGGACCAGCUACUGGAGAAUUCCAAGGACCAGCCACAAGAGCAGCCACAGAAGCAGCUGCAAGAGCAGCCACCAGAACAGCUGCAAGAGCAGCUACCAGAACAGCUGAAGGAACAACCCAAGGACCAGCCACAAGAACAGCCACAGAUGCAACUGCAGGAGCAACUAGAACAGCCACAGAUGCAAAUGCAGGAGCAGCUAGAACAGCCACAGAUACAACUGCAGGAGCAGCUGCAAGAGCAACCACCAGAGCAGCCCAAGAACCAGUCCCAAGAACAGCCACAAAUGCAACUGCAGGAGCAAUUGCAGGAGCAGCUAGAACAGCCACAGAUGCAAAUGCAGGAGCAGCUAGAACAGCCACAGAUACAACUGCAGGAGCAGCUGCAAGAGCAACCACCAGAACAGCUGAAGGACCACCCACUGGAGCAGCCCAAAGACAAGUUGCAAGAACAAUCACAGAUGCAACAGCAGGAACAGCUAGAACAAUCACAGAUGCAACUGGAGGAGCAGCUAGAACAGCCACAGAUACAACUGCAGGAGCAGCUGCAAGAGCAACCACCAGAGCAGCCCAAGAACCAGUCCCAAGAACAGCCACAGAUGCAACUGCAGGAGCAGCUAGAACAGCCACAGAUGCAGCUGCAAGAACAACCACCAGAACAGCUGAAGGACCAGCCAGUUGAGCAGCCCAAAGACCAGCUGCAAGAACAAUCAGAGAUACAACUGCAGGAGCAGCUAGAACAGCCACAGAUGCAACUGCAGGAACGACUGCAGGAGCAGCUAGGACAGCCACAGAUACAACCGCAGGAGCAGCUGCAAGAGCAACCAUCAGAGCAGCCCAAGAACCAGCCACAAGAACAGCCACAGAUGCAGGAGCAGCUGCAAGAGCAACCACCAGAACAGCUGAAGGAGCAGCCACCGGAACAGACCAGGGACCAGCAACCAGAGCAGACCAGGGACUGGCCACUGGAGCAGCCCAAGGACCAGUUACAAGAACAAUCACAGAUGCAACUGCAAGAGCAGCUGCAAAGGCAACUACCAGAACAGCUAAAGGACCAGCCGCAAGAACAAUCACAGAUGCAACUGCAAGAGCAGCUAGAAUUGCCACAGAUGCAACUGAAAAAUCAAUCACCAGAACAGCUAAAGGACCAGCCACUGGAGCAGCCCAAAGACCAGCCACAAGAACAAUCACAGAUGCAACUGCAGGAGCAGCUAGAACAGCCACAGAUGCAAUUGCAAAAGCAAUCACCAGAACAGCUAAAGGACCAGUCAGUGGAGCAGCCUAAGGACCAGACACCGGAACAGCCCAAGGAUCAGCCACAGAAGCAACUGCAGGAGUGCCUGCAAGAGCAGCCACAGAAGCAACUGCAGGAGCAGCUGCAAGAGCAACCAAAGGACCCACUACUGGAGCAGCCCAAAAAACAGCCACAGAAGCAAUUGCAGGAGCAAGUACAGGAGCAGAUGCAAGAGCAGCCACCAGAACAGCUCAAGGAGCAGUUGCAGAUCCAGCCACCGGAGCAGCCCCAGAAGCAACCGCAGGAGCAACCACAGGAACAGAUGCAAGAGCAGCCACCAGAACAGCUCAAGGACCAGCCCAAGGGCCAACUGCAAGAACAGCCACAGAAGCAAGUGCAGGAACAGGCGCAGGAGCAGCUAAAGAAGCAGCCAAAGGAGCAACUACAGGAGCAGCUGCAAGAGCUGCCACAACUGCAAGAGCAGUUGCGAGAGCUAUCACAGGAGCAGCUGCAGGGGCAGUCACAGCUUCAAAAUGAUGGAGAGGGUGCUUUAGGUACAAUUGAGAUGCCUGAGCCACUUGUAAAGAAAAAUUGCAAAGAAAACACUGUUGAGGUGGUCCUUAUGAACACCUCCUUGGAGAAUACCAAAAGUUCCUCAUCACAAAAAUCCUUGGUAAAGAAAAAUGAUAGAAAAAGACCGUUAAGACCCGUAGAAAAGGAACAAUGGCCAGAAAAGGGAGUAAAAAAAUCAAAUGUUUUUACAGGACCUUUGGAGAAAUGGCCUAUUCGAAUAGUAAGCCUGAGUAAAAAGGUCCGGGCCUGGGACAGGUCUCUUGCGGUGGCUGCCCCAUGUAGUAAAAAGGCACGCCAUCAGGAGGGCAGAGUAGAAGUAGAUGAUGAGCCGGCUCUCUCCUCCAGUGCACUUCCAGCCGCAGGGAUGGGUGAUCCUGUCUGCAGAUGGAAAGGAGCUCCCCAGAUGAGUAUCAUGAAAAUGCACUUGGGGAUUCCUGAGGUUACCCCUGCUCAGCAGCCAGAGGAGGGUCACUCUUCCAAGGACCCCACAACACUCAUCGUGAAACUGUCUAGAAUUCUGCAAAAAGCAGACAAGUUAUCCACUCUGAAGAGUUUACAAGAACAAAUAAAAACAUGUCAAACUGUCCUUCCUUUGUUCAUUGAAGCUUUUGAAAGAAAACAAAAAUGUUCCUUUAAACAUGUGCUGAUUUCCCGGGAGUUGCUGGUGGAAGGGAAUGGUUGGAAUAACUGUAGAUACCGCCUCCACCCAUGGGCUGUAGAUUCUCUAGUAGAACUCCAGAUGAUGAUAGGAACCAUGCAGUUCAUUGAGAAUAAGAAGAGUCUCUUGGGCAGUGAGCCCACAUUCCGCAGCUUCCUGUGGUAUGAUGCUUCAUUUUAUGGAGAGCUGCUCCGUGGGAAUCAAGGCUACCAGCAGCAGUCCUGUCUCUACCCAGCUUUCCAAGACAGCCUCAAGUACAAUGCAUUCAGUGAGUUACAGCACUACCGUGGUCAGUUAAUCAAACUGUUAGAAGAAGCCAGAAAGGGGAACAAAUCCUACUAUGCUAUCUUGAAAUACAAACGACAAAUUGAGGAGUGUGAAGAUAUUAUGAAACACUGCUCCAAUUACUUUGAUUUUAUACUUUCUGCACCACUCACCUGUGGGGUCAAUUUUGGAGACAAUUUGGAAGAUUUAGAGAGUUUAAGGAAAAGCGCUUUGGAACUGAUCAGUAACCAGGACCAUCUCCCUAAAAUUCAGUCUUGUCCUGGGAAACAAGACCAUCUUUGGAUCAUCAUGGAAAUGAUCUCCUCCAAGAUGCACUUUAUAAAAAACUCUGAAUCAAUUAGUAUGAAGAUAUCCCUCUAUGGUCUGGAACACAUCUUCUUUGAUGCUGCUAAAAGUCUUGUUUGGAAAGAGAAGGGCCCUUCAGUUAGCAAAAGCAACUCUCCCAAGAGGAAAGAAGAACUCACAUUUAACCAAUGUGCACUUAAGAAAUUUCAGCAGAUCUAUGAGACUCUAGAAGCUGACGGACAAGCGGAAGCUGUUUCCAAAGAUUGCCUUGAGGAAACUCUUGGAAAUACUCUCAAUAUUUGCUGCGUUGGAGAAAUAUUAGACCAAGCGGAAUCUGCUGACCUGAAACAGUUAGAGGAACUUACAGUGAGAUGCACAAGCCACCUAGAGACCUUAAAGAAGCGCUUUCAGAUUCUGCAGGAGGCCCCUGUGGACAGCCUCUUGAUUACCGAAGACAAUGUGCUGGAUGUGUUCAAUAAGCAUAGCCAUCAGGUAGUCAUCCUGAAGCCUGAAACUGUUGAGAUGUACAUAGAAAUGGUCAUGCUUGCUGAAACAAUUCACUUCCUGAAAAAUGUCAAGGCCAAAAAGCUGAACAAACCAAGAUUCCGGGGAAUGCUAUGGUUUGAUUUGUCUCUCCUUCCAGAGCUGAUAGAAAACCAAGAAAAAAAUGCUUCCUUUUCAUUGCUAAAAGAGAAUGUGGCAACCUGCUUGUGGGAGGCAGUGGAGGUAGCUAUCCUGGAACUCAAGGAUGAGGCAGCUGUUAUCUGCGAGUACCCAGAAGGGGCCAACUCCUCAUAUGCCCUCCAGCUGCUGUCUAGAGAACUCACAGAACUCUCCGAAAUAAGGACACUCCUUGAACAAUCCAAUCCACCUAUCGCCACAUAUGUGGACCUCAUGCCUUACACCAUGUCAGUAAAUUAUGGCACGACUCUUUCUGAACUUGAGCAUAAUUAUAACCAGUUUUCCGAGUUGUUGCAAAACCUAACUUUGGCUUCCCGGAAAGAUCUGGGGAAAAUGGCCCAUAUCAUGAAAGUCAUGAAGACCAUACAGUACCUGAAAGUCUCCUGUGCCAAAAUGGGAAGCUGUAAUGUUUCCCUUUUCACCUGUCAAAUGUUCUCCAAUUCAGAAAGGGCCUGCCAGGAAAUCAGGGUCAUUCAUAAGAUGAAGCCCAGCAUGGUUGCCAGAAAACUGGAGACCUGUUGCAGGGAAUCACCAUCUCUUUUGGUCUUACCCCACAAAGAUCCAGCUGUCUCUAAAAAAAGAUCUUUUGCUUUCGCUCUUUGUGAAAGCCACCAAGAGCAGAUAGAAAGUCCUGACCUGCCAAGUCACAAAAAAGCAAAGAUAGAUGACCUUCUCAUUACCGAGGUUGAGAAAACCAAGGAGCCAAAGGAGCCCCUUCACGAUACAAGCGGCAAUGGCAGUUCCGUCACCCAGACCUACCAAGGGAUAACGUCUUGUGAGGAACAGCCCCUUCCAGCGGCCGUGGCUUUGACCCCCAUCUAUCACGUCCCUGCCAAUCUGCUCCGCUGCCCAGGCCCCGAGGACCCCCAGAGCAGCAGCUGCGGACAGGCACUGGUGCCUGUGCAGGGACUCGGCUUCUGUGCCUCUCACGGCAGCCUCUUCGCCGCUCCGCCUUGCGCAGCCAGCCAGGCUCUGCUACCUGUCCCCUACCCCUGCCCUCCUCGUCCAGGCUUGUUCCCAGGAGUGACCUGCAUAUGUGCUUCCUGGCAAAAAGGAUCUUUUCAGAAUGGACAUUGAAAAUACUUCAUGCUGUCUACAGGAACAGAGGAGACUUCAUAUGGGGUUUGGGGGUGGUGUGGUGUGGGGUGUUUGCUGGUUUGUUUUGUUGUGUCUUUGAUUCAUUUGAUUGAAUGACUCAAUGUGUUUUUCAAUUUGUCAGUUUGGUUUUAAAUUUAGAAACCAUAGAGCACUUUAAGUCCAAGAAUUUUACCCAUUAAGCAGUAGAAAAAUCCAUUUUCUUGAACAUUUUCCUAAGCCAAGUUCAUUUCCAUGUACCUUUUUCGACGUGCUUGAUCAGGCCUCUCAUUUGUGAGCUCAUCUAGCUAAGAGACCAGGGGCAGGUCUUCACCUUUGUAAAUGGUUCCUAGUCACAUAAAAACAUUCUUGCUUCUCUUUUGUUGAGCAAGAAAGGAGCCAGUAUGAUCUAUAAUUGUGAUUCAGUCUCCUCCACAUUCUUGCUUUAUUUCCUAUCAGAAUCAAAGGCAGGGGAAGGGGUGUUCUGUUUUCAGAACAAAUGCCAAAAAGGGUCCGGUUAGCUUGUCCUGGAUUUUAAUCCUUUUUUUUUCCAUCAAAAUCAUCAAAACUUAAGUUUCUUAGAUGAUUAGGUCACCAAAUAGGUAUUUUUGUAUUCACCACACCUGGCCUUGACUAUUUUAUUUGAUUAUAAGACUGUCUUAGACCUUAGUACUUGUGACAUGUUUAAAUAUUCUAGAGACCUUAAUUUGUGUGUGUUCAGUAUUUCCUGGAGCAGAAAUUUAUUUUUGUAACUUUGUAGGUUUGAAGCAUUUCUAACUUGCUCUCAUUAUACUAAAGAUGAGCCCUGUCUUUUUCAUGAUAAACUGACCCAAUAUGAUGAUAAACCCCAUUGAUUAUAGGCCUUUUGACAACAUUUAUAGCAAACAGAGGAAAAAAUGAGGACAAGGGAAGGCAUUUCCAUAACAUCACCCCUCACUGAGAUCUAAUUUUAUCCACUGGAUACCAUUUUAUGCUUCAUUUUUUUAUGAUUUAAAAAAUCACAAAACGUACAUAUCUGCUCUCUCCUUGAAAUAAUAGUCUGUAUGGCCAUGGAGGCCAUUGAGCCUUUAGUGAACCUCUCUUGCCUCCUAGCCCAAUCCAUUCCUCCUUUACCUUCUAACCCAGUCUAAUUUCCUCAUAAGGGAACAAAUAGGAUCAUCCCCUACUUCCAGAAUUCAUAAAGUAUAGCAGGAACCUCUUUUUUUUUUCCUUUGCCUCAAUCUUACCCUUUGUGUUCAUAGCAGAAUGUCAGGAGCUAUCCUUUUUUUUUCCUUUUUCCUUUGCCUGAACCCCUGACCCCAUACUUUAUUUAGCAAGAACCUCUCCUUUUCUUUCACCUUGCCUGAAAACAGACUUCAUUCUUUCAUACAUAAGCAAGAGCUUUUUUUUUCCCCUUUGCUUGAACCUGAUCAUGUGUUCAUAUAGCAGGAUAGUAGGAUCCUAUCUUUUCCCUUUGCCUGAACCUGACCCCUGUACUUUCAUAUAGCAGGAGCUCUCCCUUCUUUUUUUCUUUGUCUGAACAUGAUCCUGUGUUUUCAGAGAUUCAAAAUGCCUUUGCUCAUUGUAUUUUGGCAUUUUUAGUGCCAUAGGAGAAAAGUAGUCAAGAGCUAUUGAGGAAAAGGAUUCUGUUUAGAAAUCCUGGUCCUCCUUCCCCAGCUUCUGUUCCCAGCUGAUUCACAUGUAAAAGGAAACCAUGCAUUCUAGCAGAUAUCACUGAAGGGAAAUAAGUACAAAACAGGAAUGAAACAUUAAAGUGGGGUCAGGCUCUUUGGUCAGUUUAAUCAAUCAUUGAAUAGCCACUUAGCAAAACCCAGACUAUGAGCCAGUCAGGGGAAACAAGGACAAAAUGAUUUUAUAAGCUGACUUCAUAAGAGACAAUAGAAAAUACUUUUUCUCUAAUGUUUUACAAAACUGACUUCAUUUCCCAAUGGCUGUUUUAUUGAGAUUUAUCAAGCUCAUGAUUUGUAACUUCUUUCUUGCCCAGAGAAGGGAGCCUGAGCUUGCCUUCCCACUUCUUUAAGUUGUUGAUCUUAGUCACCUAAAAAUGUUCUUGCUUUCCAUUUGAUUGGAUGAUUAAAAACACGAAAGUCAUAGGUCAUUUGUGAUUGAGAAUCCAGAGUCUCCCAAUUUGGGGUAUUUCCCCCCCACAAAACAGGGUUUUUGCCUCUUUCUCUUUUUAUAACGUAAAGCCAUGGAUGCUGACACAUAAGCUCGUUCUGUUCCUUGGGAGAAAGAAUUCCCUUCAAGCUUCCCCAUCCAUCCGAGGCUUAGCCAAGUGUCUGUUUUCAUAUUGUCAUCUCAUUUGUCUUAUUUUGGUCAUUGCCCUUAUUCAUAUGAGUAGAAUCCCUCUGUCUCUUGAGAAAUAAAAGUCCAAGUUAAAUGCGUGAUGUUUAUUCUCUUCCCCACCUACUUCAUGUUUCUUCUACAGAGUAAAAAUUAAAAGUUUGCUGGAAAUGUAACAAGAAAAAAUGCCCAUUGGGAAACAGUUUAGAAUCCAUGGAGAGAAAAAUAAUAAACUGGAGAAAACUUGA